AUGAAAGAACUCCUUGCAGAGAUCAGCCCCUUCAUCAAUGAGAACACCAGACAGAAGUUUCUCAUCUACAGCGGUAGCAAUUACCAGGGCCCCGGAGGCCUUGUGGACUACCUGGAUAAAGAAGUGAUCCCUGACUUCCUCGGGGGAGAGUGUGUGUGCAAUGUCCCUGAAGGAGGGCUGGUCCCCAAGUCCCUCUAUCUGACAGAAGAGGAGCAGGGGCACACGGACCAGCUGCAGCAGUGGAGAGAGACCUACCAGUCGGCCAGCGUGCUCCGAGGGGCCCCCCAUGAGGUUGCAGUGGAGAUCCUGGAGGGGGAGUCAGUCAUCACCUGGGACUUUGACAUCCUGAGAGGGGAUGUGGUGUUCAGCCUGUACCACAGCAAGCAGAUGCCCAAGCUUGGCCCCCAGGAGCCCGGGGCCAGGGCUGGCGGGCAGCUGAUGGACAAAGGCUGGGUCCUAGGUGUGGAUUAUAGCCGUGUCGAAGCCCCUCUUGUCUGCCGGGAAGGGGAGAGCAUCCAGGGCUCCCAUGUGACCCGGUGGCCUGGCAUCUACUUGCUCCAGUGGCAAAUGCACAGCCCCCCUGGCAAUGUGGCCUGCAGCCUCCCGGGUGUGGAGGACGUCCUGACGGCCCUGCACAGCCCUGGCCCCAAGUGCAAACUCCUCUACUACUACGAGGUGCUGGCGUCUGAGGACUUCAGGGGCUCCAUGUCCAGCCUGGAAUCCUGCACCAGCGGCUUCUCCCAGCUCAGCACCACCACCUCCUCCUCUUCUGGCCAGUCCCACAGCAGCCCCCUGGUCUCCAGAUAGCUGGGACUGAGCCCUGUGGGGCAGCCCGCUUGCCUCCCAUGUCUGCAAGUGUCCACGGGGUCUGGGACUAUGUGGGUUGCAGCCCUGUGUCUGGACACUAAGUUGGGGCAUCCGGAGCCAAUGGCAAUGAUCCAGCUCGUGCACUCUCGAGGAUGCAAAGACAGAACGAUCUCCUUUGCACUUCACAUAAGGAAAACCAAGGAGUGGGUGGGCCACCUUUGGGUCGGCCUGGUCUGGGAGCUCAGGGAUGUCAUCAGGCUCAGCAUCCCCUCCACCUCUGGCUCUUCUUUCGCUGGAACAGCCUCCUUCUCAGGUGCCCUCCCCACGCAGGGGACCCCAUCACCAUUAGGCUCAGCGGAAGAGAACCUCUGUCUCCCAAAGUUCCAUCCAAGCUCCCAGAACGGAGUUUAAUCAGCCUGCCUGGGUCCCACACUGGUCCCUGAACCAAUCACAGUUCCCAGGGAAGAGAACACUGAUUGGCCAGCAGCAGGGUCCUGUGUCCAAUCUGGACCAAUCACCAUAUGGGGAUGGGGAUGGGGUUUCAGUGAUUGGUCCACCUGGACCACAUGCCUGUUCCUGAAGCCAACCACCUGGUUUAAAAAGCAUAAGCAGGUUGCCUCUAGGAAUACUGGGGUACCCCACAAGAGGGAAAGGACGCUGGGUAGGCAGAAAUGACCGUUUUUGCAUCAGAUUCCAUAGCAAUGCCCUGUGUCCCAAGACAUGCAUGGUGAGCAGUUAUAUGAGUUACAGGCUCCACUUCCUGUGGGGAGCAGCCCACCUGGACCUGAAAUCCAUUGUCCCAGCACUUGGCUAGGAAGUCAACCUGACCACCACCGACUUGAGGAGGGUGGAGAGGCCCAGGCAGUGAUGAAGUGGCUCUGUCUGUCUUUAAACUCCUCUGGAGGUCCUUCCUCCCACCGCCCCCCACCUUGGAGCUGUUUAAUUAUGACUUUUUUUUGGUUGUAAGUCACAGAGACCCACACAAAAGGGUAACCAGUCAUCAUCACAUGCAACUGGCCAGUCCAGGAGUUCUUGCUUCAGGUAAGGCUGGAUCCAGGAUCUCAACAUGGCAUCAGGACUCCCCUAUGGGGAGGAGGAGGUUGUGACUUUGUUUUGUCCACCCUAGGGCAAAUCUGACCCCUGGAACCAGCUUCAGUAUUGACAGACUAUUCUCUCAUAGUCUUGCUUACAGCUGGGGGUCAUCUCUGGUCAACACUCAGAGUCACUGCGUCUUGCCCAAGGGCUAGGCUUACAGCCAUGGGGUUCAUGCUUCCAUGCAGUCUCGGCAUGAUGGAGCAAGGAAAGCAAGGACUUCCUUGCACACCAACCUCACCUCCAAACCUAGAGCAGAGGGAAGGAGAUACCUUCUCAGAGACAUCCUUCUCCCUGCAGGGAGGGAGUCUCAUCCAUCUCUGUUUGCUCCUCAGGUAUAGGAACAAAAUCCAAAACUGCAUCCUGCAUCAAGGUGUGUGUGCACAUGAGGGAGAGAGGUAGGGGGAGACUGAAAACAUUCUCAAAGCUAAUUGCUCCCAUGUCACUGGACAUUUAUCACUGAGGAAUCUGAGAUAUUUUCACCAGUCUUUAGAUGAGUUUCUAGCUUGCCUCUAAAACCCAGGUGUGCCCUAGAAGCAUUCUGGGGUAAGCUGCCCUGGCACUCCCCACAUGUUAAUUAUCUAGGACUAGCACCAGGGAAGGAUGGAGAAACCUUUCCUUGACUUGGGGUUCUACAUGGCUUGACAACUGGAACCUGGAUCUGCUGUGAACAGUCCAGCCUGGACAAAAGGGAUGAGCUUCAGGCCUCAGUUCUCCCCUUGAAAGCUCAUUCUUUCUCCCUUGGGAAAACUCCAGCUCAAACUGGCUUAAGCAACAAAGGGAAUUGUAACUGGGUCCUGUAACUGGGAUGGCUAAGGGCUUGCUUGCUGCAGGUAUGGCUGGAUCCAGGAGCACAGUGUCCUCAGGCUCAUGUGCUCAUCCUCUCAACCUCACCCAGGCCUCCUAGCUCUGUAUCUCUUCUCACACUGGUCUCAUCCUCUCCUCCACCUCGUGGGAAAGGUGUCUGUCAGCAGCCCCAAGCCUACAACCAUAGGGCUCACAAUCUCUAAGGUUGAGAGAAUUCUCUUUCCGUAUCAGAUCCCACAGAAUACUCUGGCUGGCCCUGUUGAGUAGUGUGCUCGUUCCUACAGAUGCACUGGCCAAGGGGCUGUGGGUCCUGUGAUUGCCAUUUCCUCCAGAAGCAGCAGUGGGAUAGGAGAAAGCAGAUCACCCCAGGACAAGAGAAGCUGGGUCACAGAAACAGCAAACAGCCAUGGUGGCAUCUGCCGCAGUCCCCCCUUCCCUUGCUGGAGGUUUCUGGGGUCCAAGCUGGAGCUUCAUCAAUCAAUAGGUCUUUCCUACCUUUGGGAGGUGUGAAAUUAAAAAUCCGAGGAAGGGCUGCCAAGUUCCUGGCUUCUGUAUUUCCCUAGACCCCAGGGUUGGAAGCUCCUUGGCUUGGUUUUUUUCUCCCUCUUGUUCAUUAACCUGUUGUGACCAGAACAGAAACAACCCACACGCAAAAGGAUCCUGCCCAUGCACUGUGUUUAGGAGGUUGGGUCUUAGAAUUUAGACGGGGCGGGGUUCAAACCCCAGCCGCCUUUUCACUAGCUGUGUAACCUCCAGCAGGUGACUUAACUCCCCUGUGCCUCAGUUUCCUCAUCUGUAAAAUGGGGAUGUGCCUACCUCAUUCACUGGGUUGUCGUGGGACGAGUGAGAGCAGCUGUAGAGUCCACAACCCCAGUGCCCAACACACAGAAAGCACAUGAUAAACGUCAGAGGUUAUCCUGAUGACUUAAGGCUUCUCAACCAAACACUCCAGACUCCUUCCUGAGGAUGCCCGCCUGUCACUGUUUCUCAUAGAACAGAAGGCUCAGCACCAUGAGCAUCCAGAGGAAAGUGGGUGUCAGGAUAUAAUUUCCCUCUUACUUUCCCUUUUAGAAACUGCUUGCAUUUUCUGAGCAAAUCCACUAAUCUGGAAGAGCAUCAUUCAGAGUGGUAUUUCCUCCAACUAGCUAGAGAAUGUUCUCUCUACAGGCUGAAAUACGGGGAUUCUGAGAACUUUUAUCCCCCAUCCUGCACUCCGGAAUUGCUCUGCCUGUAAAACAAAUUGUUCGACGAGAAUACUACAAUUCUGUUCCACACACUCUAUUUCAACCAGUAAAACAUGAUGUUCCUUGUUUGCCUGAUCAUUUGCUCCAACCAAAAGCAUUAAACGUUUUAGAUUUGGAUAUA